CCCCGCGUGCGGGACGCCGGGACCGGGCCCGGACGUGGCGUCAGGGGGCGGCCCGGGGCGGGCGCGGCCCCUCCGGAAGCGCGGGCGGGCGGGCGGGCGGCAUGGAGCCGGCGGCAGAGCAGCAGCAGCAGCUCCGCAGCCUGCGGGACUUCCUGCUGCUCUACAACCGCAUGACCGAGCUCUGCUUCUGCCGCUGCGUCUCCGACCUCAACCACCGGCUGCUGACACGGCGCGAGGAGCUGUGCCUGGAGCGCUGCGCCGGGAAGCUGGUGCGCUGCAACCACCGCCUGCUGAGCGCCUACGUGGCCCUGAUGCCGAGCAUCGCGCAGCGCCGCGCCGCCGACUACGAGGCCAGCGCGGCCCGGGCGCAGGAGGCACCGGCGGCACCCGCUGCCCCCGACGCCGCUCCCGGUGCCUCCCCCGACACCUCUCCUGAUGCCUCUCCUGACGCCUCUCCCGGUGCCUCUCCUCCCGCACCGGCGGCUGCGGUGGGCAGCGGAGCCUCGCCUGAGCCUGCGGGUGCCAGCACGUAGCAGAGCCGUGAGCCCGGCUGCGGCUUCCAGCGGCAGCAGAGGGCCGGGUGGCUGCGGGGCAGCCCCAGGCCCUGUGCUCGCGGUGUGAGACGUGGCUCCUGGGCCUCCACGCGGUGUUGGUAGCGCGGGUGUGGAGCAGCAGAGCUGCUCUGCGCCGAGGCCAGGCCCCGCAGAUCCACGUGCAUUUACACUGACAGCCAGGUCUGCCUGUCCCCAGGGGCGUCAGGGUGGGGGCAGCCCCCUGGCCCUGAAGGUAACGAGAGAGGGAUCUGCGGCAGCCGCCGUUCUGGCCAGGAAGUUCCCAGCUGAACUGUCCAUUGCCUUAGCGACCCCUGUGCUGGGCUCUCAUGCUCCAGAGUGGGGGUUCCCAUAUUUCCAGGAGGCUGUUUCCUGGUACAAUUAAACACUCUCUUCAUAUUUGU